UUCUGAAAAACCAACCAGGAAGUAAAUGACGGAAAUGUAGAUCCACCUCACGCUUUCAGCUCCCAGUUUCUGCCCGGACCUGCUUCUGUGUUUUCUGAAUGAUGCCAGAUGAGUAACCACAGGGUGUAACAGCGGUGGACGGAUAUAAAGAAACGAUGACGUCUCGUUUAACUGCCUGUCACAAACGGUGAAUUGAAUGGACCGAGAGCAGCCGAGCUACUGCGACAGUGACUGACUGACUGAGUGCUGGAUGAAACACCUGUAUGUUUUACGGAUUAACACAACAAAUACAUAUGGCCCCGCUGCUCAGCUAGCCGACGGAGACAACAACACUGGGCAUCAUGUUUCUGAAAACAUCAUUCACCUCCCUGAUCGUCGGGGUGUUUGUAUUGUACGUGCUCCACACCUGCUGGGUGAUGUAUGGGAUUGUGUACACCAAACCCUGCGACAGCCCCAACAGUGAUAAAUGUAUCACACCGUUCCUGGCAGAAGAACCAAAACUACAGUUAAGUAUCUAUACUGCACUGCGGCCCAAUGCAGAGGGAGGACAUACCUUGAUCCAUAAAGAGGAGAACUUUGACAUCGACACAAAGUUUGAGAGGAUAGUCAAUGUCUCCCUCCCAAAGAAGACCCGUAACAACGGAACUUUGUACGCUCUAAUAUUUGUCCAUCAAGCUGGAAUCAGUCCUUGGCAGGACCCACGACAGGUCCACUUAGUGGCUCAGCUAACCACAUACAUGGUCCCUAAACCUCCUGAAAUCUCUUUGAUAUCUGGAGAGGAUCAAACACAGGGUCAGAAGGAAGGAGCCCAGAAGAACAGACGAGUUAAUGGUAAACAUGGAGCAGGUGGUGCAACUACUAGUGGAGCCACUUCCAUGUCAGAUCACCCAGUUUCCCACUGGCGUACACGACUGACGAUCAACAUUGUCAGUGACCACUUCACGUUCGACAGAGAAUACCUCCCAAGUGAUGUUCACAGAUACCUCAGAGUAUUCCAAUCUGGUAAAAAGAUGGUGUAUCUACCUCUGCUGUUUGUUGAUGAGCUCAGCAACCGGGUCAAGGACCUUGCGGAGAUCAACAGUACGUCCAUGGAGCUCCCUCUGACCAUCUCUUAUGACUCCAUCUCUCUGGGAAGACUACGCUUCUGGAUCCACAUGCAGGAUGCUGUUUUCUCUCUGCAGCAGUUUGGUUUCACAGAGAAGGAUGCAGAUGAGAUUAAAGGGAUAUUUGUGGAUACUAACCUGUACUUCCUGGCUCUGACCUUCUUUGUAGCUGCCUUCCAUCUUCUCUUUGACUUCCUGGCCUUUAAAAAUGACAUCAGCUUCUGGAAGCAUAAGAAAAGCAUGGUGGGAAUGUCAAGCAAAGCAGUGCUGUGGCGAUGCUUCAGCACCAUAGUGAUUUUCCUCUAUUUGUUUGACGAGCAGACCAGCCUGCUUGUCCUCAUACCUGCUGGAAUCGGCUCUAUCAUUGAAGUAUGGAAAGUGAAGAAGGCCUUUAAGAUUCAGGUUUUCUGGAAAGGAGGCAAACCAACAUUCCUGUUUGGCAAAUUAGAUGAAUCGGAGCGAAGAACAGAAGAGUAUGAUACUCUGGCCAUGAAGUAUCUGUCAUACCUCCUGUACCCACUUUGUAUCGGAGGGGCUGUUUAUGCUCUAAUAUUCCUACGAUAUAAGAGUUGGUACUCAUGGCUGAUCAACAGUUUAGUGAAUGGUGUUUAUGCUUUCGGCUUCCUCUUCAUGCUUCCUCAACUAUUUGUCAACUAUAAGUUUAAAUCUGUGGCCCACCUUCCCUGGAAAGCCUUUAUGUACAAGGCAUUCAAUACCUUUAUCGACGACGUGUUUGCCUUCAUCAUCACCAUGCCAACAUCUCACAGACUGGCAUGUUUCCGGGAUGACGUCGUGUUUCUCGUUUACCUCUACCAGAGAUGGCUCUAUCCUGUUGACAAGACAAGAGUGAAUGAAUAUGGGGUUUCUUAUGACGAGGAGCCCAAAGGAAAAUCUCACAAGGACUAGAGAGGAACGACAGAUGAUUGAUUUCCAUCUGAUUUCUCCUGGUCUCAACUGAGUUGUUCAAUGGCCCAGGUGGAUCAUCAUACUUGUUGUCUCUGACUUUUUCCAUGUCGUCCCCUUGUGCAAAGCAUUCUCAGGAAAGGUCAGCGUCUGCUUAUCUGAACCUUGUAGUCUAGAGAGAGUCUUUUUUUUUUUUUGUUCUUUGUAUUUUGUUCUUGUUUUGCAGUUUGUGACGAUACAGGAGGAUCAAUAAGCUCAAUCGUUACAUUUUCAAACUGACAUACCAACAUAGAGAAACGGAAUGACAACAUGUCAGGCACUGCACAUAGAUGAAUAUGUGAGUGACUGGGUGUGAAUAACAAACAUUGUAGUGUACAGCACUAUGGGUAGACAAUAAGACUACAAAAGCUCAACUUAAAUACAGCCCAUUUCCCAUAAACUGAUGAAACUAAUGAAAACUUAUCACAUCAGUCCGCAACCCCAGUCCUCUUUAGACCCACUGUAUAUAUGGUGUCCUCAGAAUUUUAAUUGUUCUAUCAAAAAUUCUUUUUACUGGUAUGGGUUUAUUGUGAGGCUUUGACUCAGGUAAACGUAAGAGUUUGAGUUUAUUUCAAACUUGAUUUGAGGAAGCAAAGAUUAAAACUCAAGCUGCGUGGUCCGCCAUUUAUCAAAACUUUACAAUCCUUCAGCUCAUUUUACACCUGACUGAAACAAAUGACUGAAAACGUAGUUUUAAUGUAAACUCUGUGACUGCAGAGAGUAAAAAAAUACUGUGCUUUGACAAAUAUAGUGCUAUGUCCAUCAGAAUGUGGGUAUAAUUGCCUGUAAUUAACAGCGGCUAAGAUGAGCCUUCUCAAUUUGUUAGUUCUUUCAGAAAAAUAAGUCACCCAGUCACAAUUAAUGGUGAAGUAAACUCAACUCACAACUCAAAACCAGUCAAUAGGGUAACUCUGACAUAAAAUUAAUGCUGCAUUAAGCAAAGUUGGGCAGAAUUGAAACAUUCCAGAAUUUAAAUGCUUUGAAAAUAUAUCAACAUAUUGCGCUAUUACUUAAUAUUAACAUAUUUUAACUUAGAGACCAGAAGAAGAGACCUUGUUUCACCCAUCUGUUAAUGUGAGAAUACACAAACUGUUUAAAAAGAAAAAAAAAAAAAAAGGACUGAGGCAGAUACUAGGUAGAUGGAUAUAUGUUGCUAUGGUGAUAGAGAUAAACUGUAUCGACUGAAAAUUUUUCGGAUUCUGAUCUCAUUUAGAAGCAGAUUAGAACAUUCUGAUAUGUUGCCAAGGAGACGUGGAUAACUUGCCCAAACAUUCCAGAAUCUGUUGAGUUGGAGUGUCUCUUCAUUCAUCCAGUCCACACAUUAAAUGGAACUGACUUUUACUACGACAUUGUGGCACAGGACGGUACUGUACUAACAAAAGUUACCCGGUCCUUUUACAUCCUUUCUAGUUCUGCAGUUCUAACCUGUUUAAGUAUUUUUCACGCAUCAGAGCCAAGAAAAUCUGUUUGUGCCAAAUGUAAGAAUGAUUCUUUGGAGCUUUGUAUGUUCAUCAUAAACAGUUCAUCUGACAUUGCAGGGGAAAUGACAAAUGGACAAAACUUGUGGAAAGUAUUACUACAUCAGUCACAUUUUGUUUUUUCUGCCAUAGUUUAAACAUCAGCAUAUGAGUGCAGUCAGGAGAGAUGUACCAGAGAUUUGCCUUGAAAUGUAAAGUUAUUGUAAUGUUUGUGUUUAUAACUGAAAUGAAAUUAAAUUGACUGAACAUUGUUUGGUGUUGAUUUCAAA